AUGCAAAGGACCGGAAGCCUGUUAAGUUAUCAUUUACUCUACGGAGAAUUCUUUUUGUUUGUCGCAUCUGGUAUUGAGCCAACGGAGGUUCUGUACCACUGUAAUUCUCGUUAUCGUUACAUCGGUUAAUAUAGAGAGAAAUCUCCGUGUGUAUGUAUAUAUAUAAUAUUGUACAACUACAGUUUACGGUUUAUCCUACAAGACUAGACGUACAAUCGGUGGAAAAAUAUCGUUAUUCUUCGUCGUCGGAAUAUCAUAA